AUGUGGGCAAGCUGCUGUAACUGGUUUUGUCUGGAUGGCUCACCCGAGGAGAUGCAGCCGCAGCCGGCAGCCAGCGCCCAAGCCUACUCCAACCCCGGGUACAGCUCCUACCCCUCUCCCACAGCCGCUGAACAGAGCUGCAAGGCCUGCGGGGUGCCCUUCGACAGCUCCUCCGGGAAGCGCGUCUGCCUGGACUGCAAGAAGAAUUUUUGUACGUCCUGCUCCAACGAGCCCGAAGGCGGCCCCCUUCUCUGCCAUCUCUGCCAGCGCUUCCGAGCCACGGCUUUUCAGCGGGAGGAGUUGAUAAAGAUGAAGGUGAAGGAUCUGCGAGACUACCUGGCGCUCCGUGAGAUUUCCACCGAGUUGUGUCGCGAGAAGGAGGACCUGGUGUUUCUGAUCCUUGGCCAGCAGCCUGUAAUUACCCAGGAAGAUCAGAUAAGAACAAAUCAAUUUAAUACAAGUGCCUCUGGACAGCAAGACUCUGUCAUUCUCCCAACAACCAGCGUAGCGUCUUCUACCUCACCUGAUGCCUCCCCGGUGUCUGCAGGUCCCAUCUCGAGUUCACUAGCUCAGGAACACCAACAGGUAAAUGGUUAUGUGUCUCCAAGCCACAUCGGUAUGACGGGAGUCGAGAAUGCAGCAGAAGCACCAGCAGAGGAGGAGACGCAGUCUACUGACUCAGAAGACACCCUGGUGCAGGGGAGGAAGGCUUCCCUUUCCGAUCUGACAAGCAUCGGGGACAUCAACGCGCUUUCUGUGCGACAGCUGAAGGAAAUUCUGGCUCGCAACUUCGUCAACUACAAAGGCUGCUGUGAAAAGUGGGAGCUGCUGGAGAGGGUGACUCGCCUGUAUAAGGAGAAAGACCUGCAGUAUCUAGUUUCUGACACUGAUGAUCAGACUGGCGGCGCUGGGCUCCCUGGCGCGGAGGACAACCUCUGCAAAAUCUGCAUGGACGCGCCCAUCGACUGCGUCCUGCUGGAGUGCGGCCACAUGGUCACUUGCACCAAGUGCGGGAAGCGGAUGAGCGAGUGUCCCAUCUGCAGGCAGUACGUCAUCAGGGCUGUCCACGUCUUCAGGUCCUAA